CGUUCUGUGGUCGCCAAGAGCAAAGCCAGUUUGCACGAUAAGCAGAAGCAACUUCGUGCGCAUAUCAAGAAGCAGAAGAUGAAGAAGCAUUAGAAAAUCCAUCAUUUCAUUCCACCAUUCCCAUUUUAGAUCAAUCAUCUUUCUUUAUACAACGAUCUGUAUAUAAUUCAAUUUGAUUUUUUUUAUAGCCAUUAAAGCACCUUAUCAACGACUACGGAUUGAAGAUCAUUGUGUUGUUGAUCACAAGACCCACUAAAAAAGCGUCCAUCCUUCCAUGUUACACAUAGCCGGCCCCAUUUCUCUAUGCAACCAAUAUGAAGAGAGCGUAUAUUAUGGCGAGAUAAGCAACGCUGGAUUGCCGGAUGUUGUCUGCAGCGCUAAUCACUGGCGGUAUUUAGACUCCAGUGGACGGAGUACUGAGAGGUUGAGCGAGACUCCAACUGGUGCUGGAUGGAGCUGCUGCUGCUGCUGCUGUACUUGGUGCGGCAGCAACCGAGGCAGACGAAACGGCAUUGGCUACACUCGAUGCUGCGGUGGCCACAGAAGUAUUGCUGGCCGCUGCAGCGGGUGCGCUGGACGAUGGGAUGGCACUAGUGGCAGCAGAGGACGAUGCUGAUGAAGAUGCUGC